AUGACAACGCCUCCCCCGUACAAGCGCCAAAAGCGCGAGGAAUACCGCCAACAAUUGACCAAUGCUGCCUCCGACGAGACAGCGAGCUUCAAGGCGCCGCAGAAGCGGUUCUUCCGGCAGCGCGCGCAUGCGAAUCCCUUCUCGGAUCACCACCUGGACUAUCCGCUGAGUCCAGCUCAUAUGGACUGGUCGUCGCAUUACCCGGCAUUCGUGGAUCCGGAUUCCUCGAAGACGACUCCCGACGGUGCACGGAAACUGGUGAAGGAUGUCGAGAUUGUGGAUAUUGGGUGCGGAUUUGGCGGGUUGACGGUUGCGCUGGCGCCAUUAUUGCCAGAGACGCUGAUGGUUGGUGAGUCGGACCCAUGUGGGAGGGAGAGAGACAAGAUUAGACACACUCUAAUCACAGAAGUAGGCAUGGAAAUCCGAACCCAGGUCCUCGAAUACCUGAACUCUCGCAUCUGCUUUCUCCGCACACAGCAGCAGCACCUCAAGAACAAAGCCGCCGCCACACCUUCAGACUCUCCUGCCCCCACCGCCGCGGAGGAGGAGCCAGUCCAAAAAACAUCCGAUAAGCCCGCCGACGAAGCCGGCACAACGACGGCCAUCGUCCCCGGCAACUACGAGAACAUCUCCGCGAUCCGAGCCAACACGAUGAAGUUUCUCCCCAACUUCUUCGGCCACCACCAGCUGUCCAAGAUCUUCAUUUGCUUUCCCGACCCGCACUUCAAGGCGCGCAAGCACAAAGCGCGGAUCAUCUCCGAGUCCCUGAAUGCCGAGUACGCCUACGUGCUACGCCCGGGGGGAUUGUUGUAUACCAUUACUGACGUGGAGGAGUACCAUCAUUGGAUUCUGCGACAUUUCCAGCACGACCCGGAGACGCAAUCUGUCUCUGGCGGAAUCAAGGAUCUUUGGGAGCGUGUGUCGGAGAGUGAGCUAGAGCAGGAUCCUUGCCUUCGCGUUAUGAAGUUUGAAACGGAGGAGUCGAAGAAGGUCACCCGGAAUAAGGGCAACAAGUACGUGGCUGUUUUCAGACGCAAGGCCGAUCCGGAGUGGCCUGCCUAA